AGGAGGAAGAAGAAGGAACACCCCUCCCCUGGAUGAAAUGGUAUCACCCAAAGAUGGCAGCCUCCGUGUGGACGCGGUGUGUGACAGCAGCAGUCAAAGUUAAAUGUUUCUCUCCGUCUCUCUCUGCCAGGAGGUGGCUGCUCUCAGCAGCUUACACAGACACCAAACUGUGGGAGGCCAGAGAGAAAGAUCCUCAAAACCUGGCUGUACUGGCCAACACUAUGGACAGGACGUAUGACAGGAAUCUUCCAGUUAGCUCUCUGACUGUAUCACGGUUUGUUGACAACAUUUCAUCUCGAGAGGAAGUCGAUCAAGCGGAGUACUACCUUUACAAGUUUCGUCACAGUCCAAACUGUUGGUACCUGAGAGACUGGACCAUUCACAGCUGGAUCAGACAGUGUCUGAAAUAUGGAGCCAGGGAAAAGGCCCUGCACACACUGAAAAACAAGGUCCAGUAUGGGAUAUUCCCAGAUGACUUCACCUUCAAUCUUCUCAUAGAUUCUUACAUUAAGGAUGGAGAUUUCAAAAGUUCGUGCUCUGUGGUUGAAGAAGUGAUGCUUCAGGAGGCCUUCGACCUUCCUUCCACACAGAUCCUGUCCCUGUACGCACUGGGCAGUUACCUAGCAACCAGACCACAACUCACUGUGGCGGAAGAGCGAGGUUUGGGAGCAUCACUGCUUUUGUGUGGACUGAAACAAGACAACACUGUUGGCCUCAGCGCUCAGCUUCUUGGCAAUGCACUCCUCGGAAAGGUAGAGAUGUUAAAGGGCAUACAUGCGGUGUUCAAAGGAAUGCCUCUCUUCUGGGGUCGUGGCUAUCUGGGCCGAGCGCUGGCUGUAAUGGAGAAGGCUGCUUCUUGUGAUGUGAAACUGUCCAAAGACACACUGGACUACAUGAAUGACCUGCUGCAGGAGCUGUCUUCUACCUCAGACUCGGACUCUGGAGAGGAGUCGAGAGGUGAAGAGGACAAGAAAGAAAACACCGUAGAUGAAGAUGAUCAGGCUGAGCAGGCUAAGCUACCUGAGUAUGCCAGCAGAUUCAAGGAACUGAGCAGCCAGCUGGAGUCUCAAGGCAAAGUGGACUCUGCCUCCUUCCAGGCUUUAGUGACCGCUCUGGCCCAGCAAAACCUUGUGGCCGUGGAGAAACCCGACUUGGAGCAGUAUAAAAGUCGGGUACAGGCCUGGGAGUCUGAGAAGAGGCAGCUCAUCCAGAGAGAGAAAGAGAUGAGGGAGAAGGCCGAGCAGGAAAAACAAGAGCGGUUAGCUGCCAAGGCUGCGGCCCAGCAGGCGUAGAGGCUCAAGGAUGGAGUUGAAUCAAGAUCACUGAACUGUCCAAGAAGUAUGUACAUUAAAAUGUGUACACUUAGGAGAUAAUAGGAGUUUGUGAACAUGUCUUUUGUAUAUGUUAAUUAUUGUGCACUUAUGUGAUAAAUAUUGCUCUGUCAUAGAUUAGGGCAAAUAUAAAUAUAUUGUCAAAACAAAAUUUGAUUCUUAUUUUCCUUUGUAUCAGAAAUUGUGUAUUUAUUCUUCUGUUGUGGACUAUGGGAUGAUGUCAUUAUUGUGGUGUAGGCACACAUCAAUUGUUAGGCCUGGUGGUCAGGUGACCUCAUGUAAUCAAAAAGAAGGGAAAGCUGGAGAGAGAUCACAUCCUCCCACUCCUUUUCCUCUGUGCCUGCUGUUGUCUGGCCGUGUCUGCGUGUUUGUCUGUCAAAAGCAUCUUUAGUUUUCUCGCGGUGGAUUAGAUGGAAGAAGUUGCUGAUAGCCAGUCUAGAAAAAAACAUUCUCUCCAUGGAAAGGAAUCCAUUUAUGACUCGAAACCUUUCUGUUUGCAAAGGAAAAUCUAUAUUAUACUGUAUAAAUCCUGAUAUCUGUAACAACUGGCACAAAGUACACUUUCACACGGUUGUUAAAAAGUCGAAAUAUCAACAUGAGAGUGCGGCAUCGGUUAAUGCAGCCCACACUAAAUGUCAGAAAGGCUAAAUCCUGGUUUGUUUUGGCUGCACAGAAAGAUAAGAUAAUAGAUCUUUGGAGAAGAAAAUGUUGUUGUCGUCGAGCAUAUAAUGCAUUCAUUCCACAUUAUGUUGCAGCUAUUCAGUAUUCAGAGCAUGAUCUUGGGAAAGUGCCUGGUAUGUGGUCCAGGAUGAAUGAGCGACACAAAAUGCUUAAAACAAGAACCAUUGUGAAUCUAAGACUCCUUACUGACUGCUGAGAGCAGCUCUUCACCCAGUCACUGUUUUCUGAUACAUGCAUUAGAAAUACAAUUAUGUUGCUAAAAAAAUAUCUUCUGGAGGUGUCGAUGCUACAAACCUACUGAAAUUCAGUCUGUAAGUUUUUUUUUGUUUGUUUGUUUUACAGGAUAUUUGAAACAAAUCAAAUCAAAACUCCACUCGGUGCAACAUAACAUAUGACCCACUUAGAUUAAAAAGGUAAUAUAUAACACAUCUGACCUGACACUGGAUUAAAAUGCUGUUUAAUAACAAUGCAGAAUGGAAAGUUUUUAAAUUGCAUUUCACAAAACCUUAAUUACACAUAGCCAAAUAUCAGCUGGCAACAUCACUGCAUUGUGUAUGUAGUAUAUUUGUUGAGGUAUAUUUACGGCUGUGGAUUGAUUUGAUCUAGUGAGUACUGUAUUUACAGCAGCAAACUAAACUUCAGCAUCUAUGUUCAUGGAUGAACACAUUUUGUACUAUUGCACCAAGGAAUACUCCAUCUCAGGCACACAAACAUACUCAACAGUAGGGUAAAUGAAUUGUAAGACACAGGCUUUUCAUGGGUUUUAUUGACAGUAAUACAAAUGUAGUAUAUUAACAACUCUUUUUUUUCCUUGUUUUAUUGCCCAUGGCUUAUGGCAGCAAAAAGACAAUAUUGAUGUAUUGAUUUUUCCACUUUCCUGUAGUGUUGAAAAAAAAACCUCAAAUAUAAGCUAAUAUAAUCUCAGGUCCUAUCAAUGGGCCUAUUAGUUACUCAGUGAGCGGGAGAUUGGUCAGACCCCAGAGACACAAACACAUGCAGCUACUUUUCUUGCUGUGUCAGUAAAGUGUUAGGUUGAACCUCUGGAUAAUGCUACAUAUGUAUUUCUAAAUGUAUUCAUGAUAAAGAAAAGUACAACUUUCUUUUCUGUCUGUCUGAGCAAAACCUCAGGCCAUUAUUUAGUGUAAUGCUUAUCUCUCACCGAUAAAGCCUGAGUUGUGUUAAAGCUGUAGACAAUGAAUUAACUGUUCUGCAAUAAAAAUGGGUCAUCCAUCA